AUGGACCUCGGCAGUCUAAUUGACGCGGUUAGGAGUUUUCCCCAUUUAUGGGAUAAAAAACAUCCAAAAUACAUGGAUCAACUUGCGAAUGAAAAUGCCUGGGCAAGCAUAUCGGCGAUUGCGGAGGUAUCAAUUGAAGACUGCAAACUUGCCUGGAAAAACGCCAGAGAGCGUUACGUAAAGGAGAGACGCCUUAGUACGAAAAUUCCUUCAGGAUCUGCUCCCUAUAUUGUGAAAUGGCCAUUUUAUUCCCUCUGUAACUUCCUAGACAAUGCAAUAAAGCAAAGAAAGUGGGUAUUUCAAAAUGUGUGGACGAUCGGAAACAUCAAAAAGGUAUCAGAGACAGUCGAAGAAUGGCAGGAAAUGAUUAUCGAUGAAGAUGGUAAUGUCCUCCCAGCUGAAGAAGAUAAUAUAGAUAAUUAUCAGCUAGAGUCCGAUCAAGAGUUGAUCAAUAUCUCAGAACAGGAUGCACAGCCUUCAACAUCAAAAGAGUUGCCAACUACUUUGGGUGUGAAAAGAAAUCAACAGAGUCAACAACAACAAACAAUAAAAAAAUUAAGAAUUGAAAGAAACGACCACCAAAAAAAGACUAAAAAUAAAGAGAAUGCAAUUCAGUCUCUAGUAGAAAAUAAUAAAAUGGUCGGGGAAAGCAUCCAUGGACUAGUUAAAAUGUUGAAUGACGAAAAAUCAUCUGAGGUCUCGGAAGAAGACAUGUAUUUUGGCAAAUCAAUAUAG